AUGGGCGGCGCGGCGAGCCAGCACGUGCGCGCGGUGGAGGACGCGGCGCUGUGGUACGCGUGCGCGGGGCCGCUGGUGACGGUGCCGGCCGUGGGGUCGCUGGUGGUGUACUUCCCGCAGGGCCACGUGGAGCAACAGCAGCGCCUCGCGCAGCGCGAUCCACCGCAACUGACCGAAUCGGAGUCGCCGCCGCGCUCGCCGCCGUCGGGGCUGUCGUCGCCGAUCGCCAUCUCCACGUCGGAAUCGGAGUCGCAAUCGCACAACAGCGGCGACGACUCGCCAAGCGCGUCGCACGGCAACAGCGGGUUGAGCCAAUCGCCCAGCCAAUCAGACUCGAGCGGCUGCACUCUCCCCCGAGGCCGUGCAUCCGCUUCCCCCCUUCCCGCCGGCCAAUACGCGCAAAGCAGCGGCAGUCCUGGCGGAGGGAGCGGCAAGUCGCGCGGAGCGGACAGUGGGAGCGCAACGGAGAGCGCGCAGGCGAAGAGGCGACAGCAGCUGCCGCCCAGCCACAUCUUCUGCCGCCUGACGGCCGUCGCGCUUCAGGCGGACGAGCGCACGCACGAGCUGAUGGUGCGCUUCGAGCUGCAACCCGUAGAUGAGGCGGAAGCAGUGAAGGCGCAGGCAGCCGCCAGCCAGGAGGCGCGCAAGGCAGGCGCAGCGGGGAGGAGACGGGGGCGCGAGGGGGAGAAGGCGGACGCGCAAGAGGAGCAGAGCGAGGAGGGCAGCCUGGACACAGACGGCGGGCGCACGCAGGCAGCGCGCCCGGGGGGGCUGCAGGCGCAGGCAGGGGUGCAGGAGGGGGUGCACACGCACAUGGGCGCGCAUGCGCGGCUGCACAUGUGCUGCAAGCGCCUCUCCACCAGCGACGCCGCGCCGCAUGGCGGGUUCUUCAUCCCGCGCAAGGCUGCUGAGUCCCUCUUCCCCGCCCUCGACGCCAAUGAGGAGGGGCCAUGUCAGCAGCUGGUGGCAUCCGACGUGUUCGGCCGCGAGUGGAACUUCCGCCACGUGUACCGCGGGUCGCCGCGCCGCCACCUGCUCACGGCGGGGUGGAGCGCCCUCUGCGCGUCGUGGGGGCUCGCAGCGUCCGACCGCAUCGUCUUCCUCAGGGCGGGCAACGGGGCGCUCAAGGUGGGCGCGCGGCGCAGCGAGGCCGUGCUGGCAGCGCAGCACAGGCGGCAGAGGGAGCGGGAGAGAGGGUGCGGGGCAACCAACUCUGCAAGCAGUGCGGGGGCAGCCAAGGAGGGGACGAGCAACUCGGGUGCACAGGCCACAGCAGCAGCAGGAGGAGGCGGCAGAGGUGGUGGUGCUGUGGCGACGACGGUGACAGCGAGUGAGGUGUUGGAGUGGGCGGCGCACUGCCACGGCGUCAAGAGGGCCUUCUCCGUCGUCUACCACCCCUGCGUGGCAUCAACGCCAGCGCCCUUUGUGCUGCCCCUCGCCGCCUUCUGCGCUGCGCUGCGCCUCAAGCAGCGCCUGACAGCAGCCAGCGAGGUGCGCAUGGCGUUUGAGACGGACGAGCUGUCCACGCACCGCCUGCGCGGCACCGUCACAGCCGUGCACCGGGCGGCCAGCGGCGUGUGGCCGACGUCGCAGUGGCGCAGUGUGUGCGUGCGCUGGUUUGACUGCGACUCCUCGCUGCCCCGCCCCCCCCUCGUCUCCCCCUGGCACCUCGAUGACUCGCUCCCCUCCGCCCCCCGCGCCUCCCCCUGCUCCUCCUCGCUCUCCGCGCCCAUGUCCCUCUCCCUCUCCACCUCCUCCUCCCUCACCGCCUCCGCUCCUUUCCCUUCCUCCUCCUCUUUCCCCUCCUCCUCCUCCCCCUUCCCCUCCCCCCGGCCCCUUGUCUCCCCCCGCCCGCCCUCAUUCCCCCGUGACCCCCGACCCCCACGCUCCAGCUUCAGGGAUUCCGCGCUCCCCCCUCUCUCCGCCUCUCCCCCGCUCCACACGUCCCCGUCCGCGCUCAUGCCCCCGCCUCCCUCCCCCACCACGGCCAGAAGCGCCUCCUCUGCCCCACACCUCUCCUCCGCGCCCACCCCCCCAACACCUCUGCGCCUGCCCCCCUCCGCCUCCCCCUGCCUGUCCCCUGGCGGGGGGCGGCGCAUCAGCCUGGCGGACAGCCGCAGUGAGGGUGGACGGCCAGCAACCCCUCGUCCCACCACACGCCUGCCGCCCGCCGCACCACAACAGGCCGGAAGUGGCGUCGCAGGCAGUGGGGCGUGCGGAGUGCUCCCACCCGCCAAUGGCGUACUGCCACCUGGCAGCGCGGUGCGCAAGCGAGUGCGCUUCCAGUGCGACCUCGACCCGCCUGCGCCCUCCCCUCCUCCCCACUCCGUCCCACCCCCCCACUCCUCCCCUCCCACCCACUCCUCCCCUCCUCCCCACUCCACGCAGCCGCCCCAUACCCCUUCCCAACCCCACCUCCGCCCCCUUCCCACCGUCCUCUCCCAUGCGGCGCCUCCUCCCAGCGCCCCUCGGCCUGCCAGGCUGUCUCUCGCCACGCUGCUUCCACUCACUGACUACCACGUGGCACCUGACUCAGCAGAGCAGCGGCCAGGGAAGAAGGCAAGGAGUGCCGUCCCUUGUGCCAGCUGGCAGAGUGGUGACGUGGAGGGACGCGUGGAGGAGGGCGAGGAGGAGUGUGAGGAGCAAGAAAUGCGUGAUGCGGAGUGUGGGAAGGGAGGCGAGGAGGAGGAAAUGGUGGAGGCGGAGGUGCGCGAGGAAGAGAAGGGAAGGGACGGGGAGGAGGGAGGUAAGGGCGAGGAGGGAAGGGAGAAGAGAAAGGAGGGAGAGGAGGCAGAGCAAGGAGCAGAGGAGGGCAUGGCGGGUGGGCAGGGCCACUCAUUGUUUGAAGUAGCGGCGGCAUCCCUGCUCGUGCUCAAGCACGCCGGGCACCACUCCGCUCCUGCUGCAGCAGCAGCAGCAGCAGCAGCAGCAGCAGCCAUGGCUCCAGCAACCCCACCAGCUGCAACUCCAGCAGCAGUGCCUUCGGCUCUCGCCCUCUCGCUCUCCCCGUCACCCCCUGCUCGCCCUCUCUCCAUCUCCCAUUCCUCAACACUCCACGCUUCAGCUGCCUCAGGUGCCUCAGGUUGGUGCGAGCCCCUCGCACUCUCCCUCACUCUCUCUGUCCCUCUGGCCCCACACUCGCCAUGUCAAUCUCAUUCGCCACAGCGACCGCAGUUGGGGUUAGGUGGGACGGCAGGGCCACACGACGGGCAUAGCGUGGCACAACAGGUGGCAGAGCAGCCUGGAGCAGGGAGGGGAGCGGGCGAGUGGGGAGCAGCAGGGAGCGCAGUGCGGGAGCGGGAGGAGGUGCCUGCGACGCCAAGGCAGGGUGCAGAGGCCACGAGGGGGAUGGCGGUGGGCGGCUGUGAUGAAGACUUGGCGAAGCGCUGCACUGAGGGCCUUGCACCUCGCCCUGCUUCCUCUGCUCUUCCCCCUGCUGCUGCUGCUGCCAGUCCGGCGUGUGAGGCAUUGCAGCCAAGCUGCCAUGCUGCCUCCACUGCUGCUGGGCAGUCUCGGCGCGUCAAACUGCGGGUGGAGGGAAGCCCAGUGAUGCGCACGGUGGAUCUGAGUGGCAUCGGCAGCUUCCAAUCACUGUACGCCACGUGUGCAACCAUGCUGCAGCUGCCUCUGCAGCAGCCGGGGCAGCCCUCAGAGGGUGCCACGUGUCCCUGGCAGCUCACCUACACCGACGCCGAUGGCGACACGCUCCUCGUCGGGGACGGGCCCUGGAGCGAGUUUGUGAGGGAUGCGCGGAAGCUGAGUGUCAUAAGAACGCCCCAGCUUCAGCAAUGGGGGGAGAGGUGCUGA